AUGCGGUCGAAGAGGCUUACCACUGAGCCUCCAUGUAUAACAGAAGAAGUGUUUGAAGAAUGUUUAGCCACAGAUUAUACACUUGUGGACUACUUUAAUGAAUUUUUGAGUCUUCCGACUUUUGCCCAGCCAAUUAAGUUUAACUCUGACUUUGGGGUUUUUGAAGUAGUUAAUGAUGCCCCACAAUGCCUGGAAAGCCAGCCGAAAAAAAUUCUACAUGAUCAGAAACCUCCAAACCCCAUUUAUGAUGUUCUAAGGAAAGCAAAGAAUGAUGGGCAGCUCUCCAAAGUGCACAGCGAUUCUCCAGCUUUCAAUAUUGAUCCAAAUUACAACACUAUGUGUCUUGAUCGAGAACAAGCAAUUGAGUGGAUUAAGAAAGAACGACUCCCAGCAUUUCUACAAAGUGACUGUUACUUUGAAUACAGGCUAGCUAAAUUGAUAUCACAGGUAGAAUGGAGCAAGACUGGCAUUAAUUUCAUUAUAGAUAGUGACUAUUAUCCCUGGAUAAAGAGACACACAAAUUCUCCCUCUCCUGAGGAGGAUGACACUUCGUUGACUAUGAAGAAAUUCUACAUAUCACUUGGCCAGGCCACGGUUUCUCAGACAAAGGAUUGGUUUACAUUAGCAAAACAAAGUGAAUCCAUGAAAACUACAGAUUCAUUUAUGCAUCCUGUAGCUUCUAGUCAAAUUCAAGAUAUUCAGUGUUUACCUGAGCAGCAUGAAAGAGACGAUUCAUUAAGCGAAAAAGAUAGCCUUCUGGGUAAGACAGCGUCAGAAAAAAAUGACAUUAUUAGGGAGACAUCCAGAGAGGCUGAGAAGGGUUCUUCUGUGGCCACUGCUGAACCUCCUUCCCACACUCAGUUAAGAGUUUAUCUAGGCCUGAAAUGGGACAGUGCAGCACAAGAAGAAAACGGCCAGGAAAGUGCAACUUUUCAGACAGCGCAAGAAUUCAUACCAGCUUAUACUCAAUUUGUAAUGAAGGAAUCCAUUUCAGAACUGACCCACCAGCCAGCUGCUGACCUUGAGAGUUUGGACGCCAAGGGAGAUAUAAGAGAACAAGAUACUGAAGAAGUAAGCUUGAGAUCAAGUUCUGAAAGUGAUGGGGCAGACAGUAGGACUGCCUGGUGUAUUAGUCACAGGACUUACGACACUGGCAACAGACAUGAGUUUGAAAGAUUCAAGAAGUUCAUUAAAGGAACACCUGGGGAGAGGUACUGGUGGCUCUGGAUGGAUAUUGAAAGACUAAAGGUUCUUAAGGACUCUACGAGGCAGCAAAGGCAACUAAGUAAGAUGAAAAAACUCUAUCUGCUGAGCAGUGGAGACUAUUUCCUCAGUCCAGAAGUGUUACUCCGACUUGAUCUACUGCAUGGAGAUCAGUGGAAUAUACAACAUUUAAGACAGAUUCAGCCUGAAGUAUUGAAACCUCUACUUCUUUACUGGGGUCCCAGAUUUUGUGUGACUCAUUCAACAGCAAUAGAAACUGCCAGUGCAAAACUGAAGCUCUGGCACACAUGCCAAGAGAGACCAAGGGUGGACAUUGAUCCUUUUCCACAAAUGGUAUCAUUGCUACCAUUGACACCUAAGUCUUGCAUGCCUAGGACACCACCUUCCCUUCCUCAGAGAUCAUCAAGAUUACCACCUACCCUGCCACCAAGUCAGAGCCCCCGAAAUGAUGACAUUUCUAGCAGUAGAAAGUGGCCAAAGCCAGUGAGCAGAGACAUGAUUCAUUGCUUGGCUUUGGAUGCCACCAAGGACUCAAAAUACCAGGGUCAUAGAAAGUACACCUAUGCUGAGCUGCUCCCGGGGAAAAGUGCUGCUGGCAGUGUUGUCUUAGGGGGAUCAAGAAUGGAAAGCAUGCUGCAGUCUCUUUAUUUGGAGAACAGAGCAGGCUACUACUUCACACACUUCUGUGAGAAGUCAGGGAAUAAGUUGUGGAAGAACAGUGCGUACUUUUGGUUUGACCUACAGGCUUAUCAUCAGCUUUUCUACCAAGAAACUCUCCAUCCUUUUAAAAUACGCAAGCAAGCUCAAUUCCUUUAUGCAACCUACAUUGCCCCAUCUGCCAGUAUGGACAUUGGACUUCAUCAGAGUAAGAAAAACAUUAUUUAUCAGAAAAUUGACCCAGCUUUUGAGGAUCUUUUUGACCCAGCAGAAGAAUAUAUUCUCACUGUUCUGCUAGAACCAUGGAUGAAGAUGGUGGAAGCAGACAAACACACAUACGGAAAGGUGGAGUUGGUGGAAGAAACUCGACAGCUGGACUCCGUGUACUUUAGAAAGCUCCAGGCUUUGCAUCAAGAGAGUGGUUCCAAGAAGGAUGAGAGUACUGUUGCUGACACGGGCCUGUCACCCUGCCCUGAUUCUCUCAAAGAGGAGCAGCACUCGCGUCAAGUUCCCAAAGAAUUGGCAGGUCCUAAUCUGUCUGACCUGAUCCACAACACAGAGAAGUUAGAACAGUUCUGGGCUUUUCUUAAUGAGCAUUCUGCUGGCAUGGAUCUCAUGUGCUGGCUAGAUAUCGAACAGUUCAGAAAGAUGCACCACAAGGAUAAAGAAGAAAGGGAGGAAAAAUCUAAGGACAUUAAAAACAAGUACUUAAACAAAAAAUACUUCUUUGGACCCAACAGCCCAGCUACCAGAGAACAACAAGAACAGCUAAUGCAUUCAGGUGGAGGAUGGGGACAAAUCCUUCAUGAUCGACUUUCAGCAGCAGUUCUGCUAGAAAUUCAGCAAUGCGUCCAGAAGAGAUUAGAAAAACAAUGGCUGCCGUUGUUCCUGGCAGAUGAGCACUACGGGGUGGACGGACAAGCAAAGCAUGUGGACAAUAAGUGUGUUUCUUCAUCUAGUGAAAUAAUUGCUUUCCGCAAAGCGCUGUUGAAUCCAGUGACAGCAAAUCAGUUUCAGCGGUUUGUGUCACUGAAAGGAGACCUACUGGAGAAUGGAGUGCUCUUUUGGCAAGAGGUACAGAAGUAUAAGGACUUGUGCCAUUCUCAUUGUGAUGAUGCCACAGUCCAGAAAAAGAUCACAGCUAUUAUCGACUGUUUUAUUAAUUCCGCUGUACCCCCAGCUUUGCAGAUUGACAUCCCAACUGAACAAGCAAAGAAGAUUCUGGAGCACAGGAAAGAACUAGGACCCUACAUUUUUAGAGAAGCACAGAUGACUAUUUUUGCUCUUCUGUUUAAAUUUUGGCCAAAAUUUUGUAAGUUUCGAAGCAAUUUGGCUAGCGACAAAAUUCUACUUGCCUUGGAGAGAAAAAAGGGAAAAAAGAUGCAAAAGAAGGCAGGCAGAACAGCAGAGGGUAAAGAAGUGGGGACAAAACUCAUCAGCGGUGCUUUGGUAGAUGAGACUGAUGUGGAGAGAAGACCAGCAUCAUUUUCAGAUGGAUAUGGGUGGCAGGCUUCCUGGUCCUACUCCAAGUACAUAGAAGCCUUGGAGCAAGAGAGAAUACUCCUUAAAAUGCAAGAAGAUCUGGAGAAAAACUCAUCAUCAUUCCUUACAGGUGCUUCAUCUAUAUCCUUCCCAAACCCUGGAAACUCUGAAAAAUCCACCAUUUCUCCAAAGGGUAGUGUGAUUUUGGAGAAACACUCAAAUCUUCCCAAGAAACAGAAAGCAGAUUAAAAUCUCUCUGAGGAAGGGAAUGAAGAGACAUUUAAUGUAGGUG